AUGGCUUUGGUGAACCACAGAGAGAAUGUGAAGGGACGAGCUCAGAUUCUGGCGAUUGGCACAGCAAAUCCGAAGAAUUGCUUCCGUCAAGCUGACUAUCCGGAUUAUUACUUCCGCAUUACCAAAAGCGACCACUUGAUCGACUUAAAAGCUAAGUUCAAGCGCAUGUGCAUGCGUCAAUUGCAUGUCCUGAAUUCGGAGUGGAAAACUGAAAAAUUGGAUCGAGUGCUUGAAUUUGGCCGGACCUGCUACGAGCUCAUCAAUCUCCUUGGCCUCAAGCCUUCCGUGAAGAGGUUCAUGUUGUACCACUUGGGUUGCUACGGCGGCGGCACCGUCCUCCGCCUCGCCAAGGAUCUGGCCGAGAACAACCCCGGGUCACGCGUCCUCGUCGUCUGCUGCGAAAUCAUGUCCAGCGCUUUCCACGGGCCGCCUUCUUUGCAGCACGCCCAUUUGGAUAUUCUCACGGGGCACGCGAUAUUUGGUGACCGCGCUGGAGCUGUCAUCGUCGGCUGCGUGGAUCCUUCUGGUGGUACUAAUGGGAUCGUUGAAUGCGGCGUCAGACGUUACGAGCAACCUCUGUUCGAGAUCCAUUCUGCUUAUCAAACAGUACUACCUGAUUCCGAGGACGCAGUCGGAGGACUUCUGCGUGAGGCUGGACUUAUUUAUUACUUGUCCAAGAGGCCAAGAAUGGGAUCGGGUGGUUUAAUGGCGGCGGCCGUCACGACAAGAAUUUUCGAAAACGUAAUUAUUAUAUUUCAUCCUGCCGGGAGGCCGAUUCUGGACAAAAUCGACGCGAAACUGGGACUGAACAAGGAAAAGCUGAGGGCGAGCAGGCAUGUGCUGAGGGAUUACGGAAACAUGUGGAGUUUAAGCGUGCUGUUUGUUUUGGAUGAGAUGAGGAAAGGGUCGAUUGCGCAACGAAAGACUACUACCGGUGAGGGAUUCGAGUGGGGCAUUCUCCUCGGGUUUGGACCCGGUGUCACUGUCGAGACCGUUGUGUUGCGUAGCGUCCCUAUGACCAAACUUAAAUAG